GCAAAGCAAACAUCAGAUAGAGAAGAAAAAGGAAUCUGAGUAGACGCACGUAAUACGCUUGCGAUUCUCAGUGGCCGAUCAUGUCUUACCGUGGCCAAGACUUCAUUCAUCCACGCAGGUCUCGAAAGCGUUACAGCUUCUGCGAUGCGCUGGAAGAUACUGCUUUGGAUAUUCGGCAUAGCCGAGGCAAAUGGCUCAAGGACGAGCACAUCAAGCAAGUGUCCAGGCACGAAUGGCACGUGCUUUCAGCCACCAACCACCAAACUGUGUACACUGUGAAGAGGCUGAUUGAAGAUGACGACGAUCAAAUCGAGGAGCACAACUACAGGUGCGAGUACUGGGGCCACGAGGACACCUUCUAUGCCAACGAGGGCUAUUGCAGGAGCUGCGAAAUCUGUUGCCACUUCUACGAGUGCGACUGUCCUGACGAGCACCCCAUUUGCAAGCACAUCCACAAGGUGCACAUGUUCAACAACAAGGCUGUCAAAGAGCAGCAGCCACACGAUUUGCAGAAGACAAUCGAGACGGCACUGAAUGACCUGAAGACCCUGAGGAGUUCAAUCCGACUCACAGACGAGGGAGAUUUCUGCGUCGAACUUCAAGCAUUUAAUCAGAUGAUUUUGGACAAGUACUUUGCUCAGUAGAAAAAUCUGGCUUCUUUUUAAGUAAUUUAAUAGACUCUAUCAAUCGCAAAUGUAUUGAAGCCUUAAUUGAUUGACACAAAGUUAAUAAUUGCAACUUUUUGAAUAACAAAUAAGUCUAUAAGUCUUAUCGAGACUACAUUGCUGCUUUUGUAUGUAAUUUAAAACAAAAAAUUUAAUUUAUCUUUAUAAAAUAAGAAUUGACAACUUUUAAAAAUGUAAAAAUAUCAACUUUGAAAAUUAAAACGAAUAAUGUGAAUAUAAA